CUCUGUCGUGCACAGCUUGGAGCAACAUUAGGUUUUCUUUAAGCUUCUGCCGGACCAAACGUUUCUGCACUCAGCAGUUUGGAGAGAUGGAUGCGCACGGGAGUCGCACCUUCACCCUCCUCUCUGUGCGCAACCUCGGAGCAUGUUUCAGCAUCCCAGUUGUCAGGAGCGACGCUUGGUUGAUUUUGGGCUGAUUAAAGCAAAAAUCAGACGCAAGACGGCGAACCUUUCCACAGAAAACUUUUUAAAAAAAGAAGAAAAUCAAUGUUUUUUACUUUUUGGGAAAUUUCAGAGUGAAGUAAGAAUUGCAUUUCUUUGAAAUCACAGUAAUGACCCAACACAGUGGAUGCGUGUAACAUGAUGUGCUCACCGGUUUUGAUAAUCGUUCAAAAAAGGAUGCACGGUGGGCAGGCACACUUACGCAUGGGGUUAACGGAUAUACUGUAAGCACACCUUGGAGUGUUUGCAAUGAGACACUGGGUACAAGGACUGCAGCUUGAAUCAAGACUAUGCUUUGGGUCUGAGGGCGUCAACACCAUGCAGCUACACCCCACACCCUAAACUUCUGGGACGUUUGCGCUCCGUGAUCGAGACUCCGAUUUCGUGCAAGAGCUGGAAAAAUGGCACUGAGCGAAAACUGCAAAACGCAACCUGCAAAAGAGCAAGGGUCGGUGCAAAAUCCUCCAUCGGAUGUUAUUGAGCUAAACGUGGGUGGACAAGUGUAUUACACUCGCCAUGCCACAUUGACAAGCUUUCCAAAUUCCUUACUUGGCAAGCUGUUCUCUAACAAGAAGGGGUCUUCAAAUGACUUGUCCCGGGACUUCAGAGGACGUUAUUUUAUUGACAGGGAUGGCUUUCUAUUUCGGUAUGUAUUAGAUUAUCUUAGAGACAAGCAAGUUGUCCUCCCUGACCACUUCCCCGAGAGAGGAAGGUUGAAAAGAGAGGCGGAAUACUUCCAGCUGCCAGAUUUGGCCAAACUUUUGUCGUCCGAGGAUUCAAAACUAGUUCCAGACGACGUGUGCUACAGUGAGUUGGAUGAUGCGUCGCAGGGCAGUGACCAGAGAUUUUUUCCCUCUUACUCCUUGGACCGGAGGUAUGGCUACAUCACGGUCGCGUUCAAAGGCGCGUGCGCUGGGGGAGGCAGAGAAAGUCAACUCGAUAUCAAGGCAAAAAAGUUACCGAAGAUCUUCAUCAGCAGUAGGAUUGGCUUGGCGAAAGAGGUAUUUGGAGACGCCCUGAAUGACAACAGGGACUCGGACAGACCCCCGGACCGUUACACCUGCAGGUUUUACCUCAAGUUCAAGCACCUGGAGAGAGCAUUUGACAUGCUGUCAGAGAGCGGCUUUCACAUUGUGGCCUGCAAUUCGUCCCUGUCUGCGUCCUCCAUCGGUCAUUACGCGGAUGACAGGGUCUGGUCCAAUUACGCACAGUACAUCUUCUACCGUGGGCCCUCAAGGUGGUUGUCCUCUCACUGUGACUGCUGCUGCAAGAGCCACAAAAGCGAGCGCGAAGGGGAGAGCGGCACCUCCUUCAACGAGCUGUCCACUUCCUGUUCUGAGACCCAGUCGGAGGCCAGCUCCCCUCAAGGAACCGUGAUCUGUGGCCCCGUGAGCCGGCGCGCCAACAUCCAGACGCUGGACCGUCCCAUGCCCAAAGGAUCAGCUCACAUGCUGCAUCAGGCAGAGAUGCGCCGCAAGACUGACAUGCUCCGCGUGAGAACCUUCGGGGUCCGAGAUCGAGAGGCUGCAAAAAGGAAAGGCAACAAGGAGAAGAUGACUCCAGCGCAGGAGCUGGAGAAAUGCAUCCAGGACUUCCGGCGCAUCAGGAUUCCCGAUCGCUUUCCGGAGAGGAAGUACAAUUGGCAAUCAGAGCUCCUGAGAAAGUACCGUCUCUGAAAUGAGUGUUAAAAAGAAAGAGAUGGUAGUCAUCAUGUCACCAUCGAUGAAGAGUAUUAACUGCACAGGCAAUAGACUGCACCCUCUAAGGCACAUACUGUAUUAGAAAAAAAAGAAAAAAAUACUAUGGACACUUUCCCGCCAGCAUGACUAGCUGAGCACACACAGUACAAUGCAGUGGGAGUCAUUGAUUUGUUAAGUAUGCACAGUGUUGUGUAUGAUAUGCACAUGUGGUUACACAUCAGGUUACUUGUUGGGGCUUACAU